CAUCCAUCUCCCGAAAUGGCCGUCUCCAAGCUCACUUGCAUCUACUCUGCUCUCAUCCUUCACAACAAUGAGGUUCCGGUCACGGAGGAUAAAAUGAAUGCCCUCAUUAAAGCAGCAGGUGUAAAUGUUGAACCGUUCUGGCCUGGAUUAUUUGCAAAGGCCCUGAACAAUGUAAACAUUGCUAGUCUCAUCUGCAAUGUAGGAGUUGGUGGACCUGCCCCAGCAGCUGGUGGUGCUGCCCCUGCUAGCACAGUUGCCCCAGCUGAGGAGAAGAAAGAGGAAGCAAAAAAAGAAAAGCCCGAGGAGUCCGAUGAUGACAUGGGCUUUGGUCUGUUUGACUAAAUAUAUUUUUUGAAACAUUAAAUAAAAAGUUUAACUAAAAAAAAAAAAAAAA